ACUUCAGUUUGUGUCCAACCAGCAACCAAAUAAAUGUUUGCAGGAACAUUUUACAAUGCAGCCUGCAAGCAUUUAAGCGUCGGCGCUUCAACCCAGAAGCAAAACUUGAUGUUGUCUUUGUUGAUGAGGACAUGAAUGCAGAGGGGUCGGUGGAUGAAGGUGGGCCCACAAGAGAGUUCCUGAGAUUGCUCAUGAAAGCAAUCCAUGGUUGUUAUAUCUUUGAGGGCCAUGAAAAGGACCGCCAACUGGCACUGAGCACGGAAGCCUUGGACGCAAAGAUGUAUAUGUGGGUGGCCAGAAUGAUUUCUGUUUGUGUAGUCCAUGGAGGAGUGGGUCCACAUUUUUUCUCAGACAGGCUAUACCAGCAAAUUUGUGGACUACCAACAGCCCUUGUCAAAAUUGAAGAUGUUAAUGAUCGCACACUUCGGGAACAGCUGAUGAAAAUACAAGAAGCAGAAACAAUCGAGGAGGCAAAUAUUGCCAUUGGAGAAGCAGCUGAGAGCUUGUGCAUUAUAGGUUCCCUCAGACAUGUGACAAAAAUGGAAGAUAAGGACUCCCUGGUUCGCUCUGCAUUACAGUUCCUCAUGAAUGGAAGAAUGAGGGAUGCUAUUGAGCAGUUUGCUGAAGGCUUCAAGACUCUUGGAUUACUUGAUCAGCUCCAGAGAUACCCUUCUAUUUUCCAUGAGAUGUUUGUUUGUGAAGAAAAACCACUUCAGGCCAAGGAUCUGAACAGUCUUUUCACAGUGGACUUCUCCAGGCUGGGCAGCAAUAGAAGAGCUCAAGAAAACCAGACAAUAUGCUUCUGGAGAGACUGGUUGAUUGACAUUGAGGAAGAAGAAGCUGGCCCUAUCACUCUUGAGACUGUCUUGGAAUUUAUCUCAGGAGCCUCAGCAGUGCCUCCACUUGGAUUUCCCCAUCAGCCACAAAUAAAGUUUCUCCAUGAGGACAGCAAAAUCUUCCCAGAAGCAAAUACUUGUCUUCUGGUACUCCACCUGCCGAUUCACUCUUCCUAUGACACUUUCAAGAAAUACAUGACAGAGGGAAUUUUGCAAGCUCCAACUUUUGGAGUUGCAUAAUUUGUUAUGAAUGCCAAACAAGAAAAAUACACAUAUAUGAACAGGGCCGUCAGAGUUAAAGUGUUAACCACCAUUUUUGCCACCAUUGAUGCAUUUCCUAGUCCUAAAAAAACAUUUUAGCAUAUGUUCAUGUGUUUUGUUAGUGGUGUUUCUCUAACAAUGUUGGUUCAGAUUUUUUAUUGGUUGAGUAAUUUUAUAGAUUACUGCAUAAGAUUGCAGACAAACUGCAGUUAUGUGUUUUGAAAAUUAUCCGUAGUUGCAUUACUAUGUUCACUUCUCAUGGAUUGAAGGUUGCUCUAAGUAACUUAAGUUGACUGAACAAAACAUGUUAGUGGGAAAGUCAUUGAAUUCAUAGUUUUAGAGAGAAAAUUUAAGUAAUUUUUUUUACUUAAAUUACCCAAAUUAGAUACAUCAACAGUAAAUUGGUUGGAACAGAAUGA